AUGAACCUGGCUGCGAGAUUGUUGGAAUUGGAAGGGGAAAUGCAUCCGCUUCAAAUCCUCUUUGCUCGGAUGAGCAUGACAACCAUCCUGUCUCUCCUAUACAUGUGGCGGAACAAGGUGCCGGAUUUUCCACUUGGCGCGAAGGGGAUCAGGGGAGUGUUAGUGAUAAGGGGGGUCUCUGGAUUCUUUGGCAUAUAUGGGAUGUGGUAUUCCAUGAUGUACCUCCCCCUGGCCGAGGCGACCGUAAUCACUUUUCUGGCCCCUAUGUUGGCCGGAUACAUUUGCCAUAUCCUCCUUAAAGACCCUUUCACACGAAAGGAGCAACUAGCCUCGGUCAUCGCUCUAGCAGGCGUCGUCCUCAUCGCCAGACCUACUUCCCUAUUCGGCACCACCUCCUCGACCAACGACCCAAUCGUCUCCCACACCGAAACCAACUCAACAACACCCGGCACACGCCCCAGCACCAACCCAGCCGACGAACCAACCCCAGCCCAACGCCUCGUCGCCAUCCUCGUCGCCCUGCUAGGCGUCCUCGGCGCAGCCGGCGCCUACACCACGAUCCGCUACAUAGGGAAACGCGCGCACGCCCUCAUCACGGUGACCUACUUUUCCGUCUGGAGCACGCUCGUCAGCACCGCUUGCCUCAUCCUCUUCCCGCUCCUCAACAUCGGGCAGGACCAGCCGCCACGAGUCAAUUUCGCGGGUUUGCUCCCGUCGUCGGCGUACGAGUGGUUCCUGCUGCUGUCGCUCGGCGUCUGCGGGUUUGUGAUGCAGUUUAUGAUGACAGCGGGCAUUGGUGGGGAAAAGUCGAAUCGUGCUACCGCGAUGGUGUAUACGCAUAUGCUGUUUGCGGCUGGGUUUGAUCGGUGGGUUUUUGGACACCAGAUGGGGGUUGUGAGCUUGGUCGGUUGUGGGCUGAUUGUCGGGAGUGCGCUGUGGGCGGCGCUGGGGAAGAAGCAGGGUAGUGGACAGGGAAGGAAGGAGGGUGAUGUUGAGAGGGGUGAGAGGGAUGGGGAUGGGAUGGGAAGUGAGGAGGGGAUGCCAAUGCUUGAUGGUGUUGGGGUUGAUAGAGAGGAAGAGGUAGAAGAUGGAGGGUUGCCGGGGAGGUAG